CUGAGAGCAUGUCAGGACUUGUUGUGGGACCGAUGGAGGGAAAUGGGCGUGGUAUGAGGAGGCCGUUUCGCGGGAGUGAAAGCUUCGGCUGUCAUUAGCGCUCUGCUCUGACAAAAACAACAGCACAACUAUUUACUAUCGCGCUCUGAGUCAGAGACUGGAUGUUAACCACGCUGUCAUGCGCGGACUAUAACCCGGCGGAGAGAGAAAGCGGAGUAACGCUGGAUCAAAACAUGCGCGCUGAGUAAGCGGCACUACUUCUGCGGAGAGAGAGAGAGAGAGAGAGAAGCGUGUUUAGGAGAAGCAGCGGAGAAGCACUUGCUGAUUGAUAAAGGACUGUUUUCAGUUGUCAAAGGUGGUGCUUGUUAUGGCCCGCCCGCAAAUGGACAGCAGGGCGGAUGGUCAGAGUCCCACAUCGCAACAGAGCUGCAGAAUGGAGGCGUUACGCCGGGAUGUCUGGCCCAGUGGAAGCACACAGCCUGCGCCUCAGCCACGCCACCGGCACCGGACUACAGCCAAUCAAACGAGCCCUGCCCCUCAGCCCCUUGCCCCGAUGCAAGAUGCCUUGAGUGAGCCCAGGGUCCCCCAGCAGAAUAGUCUUCUCAGAGACAACACAAGCACUGCAGGAACAGAGCAAGAGCGACCCCGGCCCACUGAGAGUAACCAGCCCCUGCCUGAUCUCCUGCUCCAAAGCCACAGCUCUUCAUCCAACUCAAGCCACAGAGACUCCCCUGCAGACGAAGAGCCCACGCCAGAGGAACAAGCCAUCCACCGAGUGGCCAUUCAGCUGAGGACCAUAGGAGAUGACAUGAAUACAGUUUACCUUCAGAGAAGGAAUGAAGCUCCACAAUGGCAGAACUGGAGGGGCCUGUACCGAGGUCUGGUGGCCUUCCUGGCUGACACAAUCAGCACCCUCUACCAGCAUGGGCUGAGAUGAACGGGUAUAUCGGACUCUUGUGGGGGGAGGUGGUGAAGUGCUGGCACUUCUCAACAUAACCACUAAUGAACUGCACUGGCUCUGGAAAAAUUCUGCAGGAUCAGAAUGAUUUGUUUUGUUUUAUUUCUUUUAUUCGUUUGUGCUGUUGUAAAUGUUGUAUAUUUGUUUUUUGUUCUUUUAUCUUUUUGGGAGGAGUUAUAUGUAGCAUGUGACUGAAGUGUGUGUGUCGGUGGGGGCGGGUGGAAGUCUGUGUGCCUCUCUGGAUCUCUAAACUGUGAAGCACAAUCGGUUGGACUUUUUGCUGACAUCAGUCAAAAGGCCUGGAUACUUAGAGGAGCGGAGUCCGGGCAGCUUGUUUUUAGGUGAUGGAAAAUAGAUUUAUAAGGAAAAUAGAUUUAUAAGGAAAAUAGAUUUAACAGGUUAAACAUUAUAGGAUGUCAAUGGCAGCUGCUGCUUUACAAGGUGAUAUUACAGCAAAAAAAUCAUAUACAGAAUCAUUUCCCAUGUAUUUCAUUGUAAAUCUAAAUUGUUUUCACUUUAUUUGACUGUCAUUGUUAAUGCUAUAGACCCCUUAUCACUUUGACCAGCAUUAACCUCCAGCAUUAAGCUAUAUUCGAUAUCAUUUAAGACACUAGUUUUGUCUCAAAGCCCAUUGCCAAAAAAUUGCUUCAGAGUAUCCAGGUCCUUUAGACAGCACUAAUUUGGAUGGUUGGGUUGGCUUGUACCUCCUCAGGCUCUGAAAUAUGCUGUAUGUGCUACGGGACAUGCUCUUAGCUGCCUUACAGAGCAAUACUGCCGCACAAUCAGUCACCAACGUUGCAGUAAGGCAUGCCCACACACCGCUAAAAAGGGAGGAAAAGACAGGGUCGUACAAACUGUGACUGUCAAAAAAGGACACGCACACGUCUUUUACACCGAACCCAGCAUGGCGAAUGUGCCUUACAUCGCCCUUUUUAAAAAAAAGCCUACACACGCUUGUUCCAUCAGGGUUGAUCAGUGAACAGUGUGUGGGGGGCGUCAGUGGUCAGUGGGGGGGCGUCAAGGGUCAGUGCCUUGGUGCUCCCACCUGUAUUUACACUUCUGGACGCAAAAUUCACACCUCAUUUCAAAGAUUGGUCACCUCCAAUGGAGGCACUCAGAUUGUGGCCGGGAAGCCUUGUGGCCAGGCCAGACUAGAUCAGGCCACAGGUUCUCUAUAGUGGCCAGGCCAGACUAGAUCAGGCCACAGGUUCUCUAUAUGGCUGGGUAGCAGUGUUAAUAUUUGUAAUGAAGCAUGUAUGUAAAUAAUUUGGGAGAAAAAAGGAAAGAGAUGGAAGGAACUGGCCAUUCUCUUUCUGAUGCAUUAUGUAUAUUUUGAAGAUAAAAACCUUAAAAGUACUUAACAGUUCCUUGUUUUUUUUGUUUUUGUUUUUU